AUGGCGCACCAUGGAAUGCAGAAGAUCUUUGAUAUAAAUUCUCAAAACUCUUUGCUGCCUGCCAUUCCCAUUUCUUGGUCAGAAUCAGACUUAGAUCUUCAACAUGGUUUUGUAUCAAUGUCACAAAAUGCUACUAUUCAUCAAUAUGGUCAUGGACCUAUGCUGCUUGAGCAAGCAUCUUCUUCUGUAUUUCCAAGUUACUUCAAUCAUGUUCAAGAACCAAGCCCAGUGGCGAUGACAGAAAAUUCCUUUGGCUUCACUACUCCAAUGUCUCCUACGUUAGAUGAUGUGGAAGAUUGGAUAAAUGAAUUUAACCCAGAGCUGAAUGCAUGCGAUAUACAAGGGCAAAGGGACAUCUUGCAUCAAACUACAACUCUAUCUUCCAAUAUUCAUUAUUCCCAGGAUCUUGAGAUUGAACGCCUUUUAGGGCAUGUAAGAGCUUAUGAAAUGCAGAAGCACCUAGCAACUCAUGCUUCAAUGAAUGGAGAUACCCAAUGUGACAAAGGAAAAAAUCUUGAAUCUUCAUCAACUAGUUUAAAAGAAUUCAGCUCAACAAUUUUAGGAUUCUCAAGUCUCACAACAAUAGAAGAUGGACCAAGUUCACAUGUCUUAAGCUCCAUAAAUGCUAAGGCUGCACUCCUUACCAGGGAGCAACCUUCAGCGAAUAUGCUCGAAGUAUUAAACACAAAUGAUAAGGAAACAUUCUUCAUUCCUUCAAAAAUCAAAAGGGGAAGACCUCGCAAACCACUCACUGAAGAACUUAUAAAGCAAUUGGAAAAGUUUCAACCGCUACCUCUAGGUCGUCCUCCAAAACGACGUGAAGGAGGAGAGUCCUCUUCUAAUCUUGGAAAGUUUCAAAAGCGAUAUUCAGGAGCAAGAACAAUUGGAAUGACCGCCAAACCCAAAGAAGGACACAAGACCCCUGAAAAUGUACAGAAUGAAGACCAGAAUGCUCACCUUACAAACCCAUCUUCUGCUCCAAGGAAAAUAAUGCAGCCUACUCAUGGAAGCAUUGGUUAAUUAAUUGAAGUUUAUCAAUUUAAAUAUUUUUAUCAUUAUUCAGACAAUUCUAGAGAAAUGUUACAAAGUAAGUUAUUUAUAAUUUUAAACCUAUUUAAACAUGUAUUAUAUGGU